AACUGAUAAGUGUAUGACAAUUGGUUUAUUAUGUAAACGAAUCUAUUGAUUCUCUGAUUAUUAAACUUAUCUAUUUCACGAACAACAAAAUUCCCAGAUAAAUAAAAAAAAUACAACAAACGUCAUACUUCCUAUAAGUAAUAAUGAAAUUAGAACGUAUUUCAUUUGAUGUAACUAGUUGACAUACAAUGUCUUGCCAAAUAUCUUUGUUUAACUAUAGUGGUUGUUACAGAACUGGAGAAACUAUUACAGGUGUAGUAGAAGCACAUUUCAACGUACAAAAGACCAUAAAAGGGGUAAAAAUUCGUCUGAAGUGUGUGGAGUCAACGUCGUGGGAGGAAUCAAGUAGUACUUACAAUUCUACUACAAAAACUGAUGAAACUACCACUACCAACUACAGUGGCCAUAAUGAAUUAUUGCGAAAUGAAAUAUGGCUGUAUAGAGACAGUCAUAUUGGACCAGGUUCGUUUAAAUGGCCUUUCAGCUUCAACUUACCACAAAACCUACCGUCCAGUUAUAAAGGAAUUUAUGGCAAAAUAGAGUACUUGUUGAAGGCAACAGUGGACAGAAACUAUAGAUUUCUGUAUGAGUCUAAAGCAAAUAUAGUGGUGUUUUCCCCAGUGUAUUUACACGCCCUGUCACCAUAUUUUGAUGAACCACAUCAGACUGCUGCGGAGAAGACUCUAGGCUUUUUCUGUUGCAAAAAAGGUAUUGUAAAGUUCGAAAUGCACCUGCCAAAACGUGGAUUUGUGGUCGGUGAAAAUAUCUGUAUCAGAGUUGUGGUCACAAAUCUCUCCAAAGUUAACAUAAAAAAUUUAAAAUUCAAACUCGUCCAAACUAAUAAAUCAAAGGCAACCCAUCCAAGGACUGAAUAUAAAUGCAACAGGGUGACUCUGGCCAAACACACGGAUAAAGGUAUUGGAGCACAUGGAGAACACGAUUUUAUUGUUCAACUAUUGGUUCCCACCGACAAGAUAAUACCAAACUUUUUAUACGCCGGCCUCUUUGAAUCGUCUUACACUAUUGAGGGCUCAUGUGUCUUCGACGGUUUUCAUACGAACCUAAAAUUGGAAAUAGUUCCUUUUAUAGGACAUCAAAAAUACCCACAAGAGAAUGCAUCUCAGUCCUACAUCCCUCCGUGCCAUUUACAACAAACAAACACCAAUCAAACUUGGAUUACUAAGACGGAAACGGUGGGAGACCUACCACCGCCCUAUGAACCGGACCCCUUUACUCAAAGCUCGAAUAAAAUAGGUUUUCAUGAAGGUGUUACAGUACCAUCAGCCCCUUACGAGUCAGAUAUGCCAUCGGUUCAUCUCUCUAUCAAGUAUUAAAUGAAGAUUUUUUUUAUAUAUGCCAUAAUUGUAUUUAGUUAUUUUAGUAUUUUUUAAAUAAAUUAA